CCCUUUCAUUGAUCCAUGACCCCCUCAACCCCCCCAAAUCUCCGUGUCCCCCCAGUUCUCCACUCCCUGCGUUACCUGUCUGUGGCGGUGUCAGAGCCCAGCCCGGGGGUCCCCAAGUACCUGCUCAUGGGGUUCGUGGAUGGCAUCCCCUUCGUGCGCUACGACAGCGAGCGGGGCCGGAGGGAGCCGCUGACGCAGUGGGUAAAGGAUGGAGUCAAGCCGGAAUAUUGGGAGGGGCAGACCCAGCGCGAUGUGAGGAGCCAGCACGUGGAUGCCAGGGACCUGGAGAUACUGCGGGAGCGGUACAACCAGAGCGGGGGGCUCCAAGGGGCUGAAAUGAUGAUUCUGGGGCUCCAUGUGAAGCACGAAUGCCCAGAAUGGCUCCAGAAAUACGUCGGAUACGGGCAGAGGGAGCUGGAGCGCAAAGAGCCCCCUGAUGUCCAUGUGUCUGGAAAAGAGGAACACGGGACGCUGAUCCUGUCCUGCCACGCGUACGGAUUCUACCCCAGCACCAUCGCAGUCAGCUGGAUGAAGGGGGAUGAUACCUUGGAUCAGGGGCCGGAGUGGGGCGGGAUCGUUCCCAACAGCGACGGCACCUUCCACACCUGGGCCAGGAUCGAGGCGCUGCCGGAGGAGCGGGAGCUGUACCGGUGCAGGGUGGAGCAUCCUGGAAUGCUGGAGCCCGGGAUCUUCGCUUGGGAGCCGACAUCUGGCGGGAAUCUCACCGUGGUGGUCGCUGUGUCCGUCGUCGCUGCCAUCCUCAUCCUCACGGUCCUCAUCGGAUUCACUGUCUGGAGGCUCCAAUCUGGGAGGAGGGACAGGAAUGGACACAACCCGGCAGCCGGAAGGGAUGUGGGAACCAACAGCUCGAGCACAGGAAUCACCGCCUGAGCAAUCCAUGGAGCUGGAUCCGGCCCCUUCCCUUUUCAUGGGAAAGCUGAGAGCUGCCAGCAGAGCUCAUCCUGCACCUCUGACCCACUCCACAGCCCUUGCUAACGGAUCAGUUUCCCGUUUUCCAGUGUUUUAAAGCCAAGAACCACAAAUAUUCCCAAUGCUUCAGUUCUGGUGUGAAAUUAUCCUGCUUGGGGCUAUAAAUCCUGCUUGGGGCAAUAAAUCCGGGUUCUCUCCUCCCGUGUCGGGCAGUUCAUCUCAGGCAUGAAUGGGAAUGGGGCCACUGGGGGCAGAAAUGUUAUCUCAGGUUUAGCUGAGUGUGUUUUCCAUUACCAUCUAUUAAAGGUGGACUUAUCCUCUCUUAAUUAAGCAGUUUACUUUAUCUUUUCACAACCAAUCCUCCCUCCAGGAAAUAUUUUCUGUUAAUGGGCCAUUGAGUGUCACUGAUAAAAUUACUUCAUCCCAUUAUGAGAUGCUCCACUCAGAGGAGCCAAGCAUUCCUACCUAGAUAUAACCUGAGGUUUAGAGCAAUAGACACAGCCUUUUCCCAGUGGUUUCCCAGAGGAGCAGCUUUCUUCUCCAGCAGAUUCCCAGAGGAAGACCAGGCCUAUCUACACCACCAGUGGACUUUCAGAGGAAAUCUACACCCUUCUACAAGAUCACUGCUUCAACAGAAGCACACCUGUCAUUCCGGAGGACUGCAGCCACCAUUUUGUAGGACUGCUACCAACACCCUGACCCACAGGGUGUCUGAUUGUAUUCUAAUGCAGUCAAUAUUUUUUUGUUUGUUGGUUUGUACUAUUACAUUUGUAUUUUUAAUUCUCAGUAAAGAACUGUUAUGCCUAUA